AUGAAGAAGCAUAAUCAUCAUUUUUUCGCCGUUGAUCUCAAAGUCUUAGGCAAAGUUCUCUCGAUUGUCAAAGCUUACGAUGUUGAUCGAUUGACUCAUCGUCGUAAGAUCAUUAAGUCUUCAUCGAAAUUAACGGUCAUUGGAUCAUGUGACGGACUAAUAUGUAUGUACAAAAAUAAUUUUAGGAAGGUUUAUGUUUGGAAUCCUACUACCAAAGAAUGUAGACGUAUAUCAACUCCUAAAGGUAUUUCUAAUUGCAUCUGCAUUUUUGGAUUGGCGUAUGUCCCUUCCAUCGACGACUACAAAAUCAUGUUGAUUUCGGAUCACACGCUCCGAGCGAUUCCACAAGUUCAUGUAUACUCAUUGAAGGAUAAUAAGUGGAGAAAACUAGAAGAAAUUAUCGACAUUCAAGUAUUAAGAAUUUUUUACCAAAUUUAUCCAACUUGCUUUAAAAAGUGGCCUAUAUUUACCUCCUCCGAGGGAGUUUACUUUGAUGAAGCGUUAUAUUGGAUUUCGGAUCAUUUCGUAUUAAGGUUUGAUUUGGUGAAGGAAUCAUUUGAUUUAAUAUUGAAUUCGAAGAUUAAGGCCUUUAAGAGAAAAAAUCGAGGGUGUAAUAUAUCGACAUAUAUUCAAGUUAUAGGAGUAAAUUUGUGCGUUUGUCUCAUAUGUAAUACUCGUAAAUCCGAUAACCAAAAUCAAACAAGUAUUAAGAUUUGGAUGUUCGAGCAAAGCAAAUGCGUUUGGAAGAAUAUUCUAAAGGGGAAGGAGCAGUAUAUGGGAGGUCUAGAUUAUUUUAGGUCAAGAAUUAUUGGGAUCGUUGAUGGUAAACUUCUAAUAUUGGAAGAAAUAGAAUCAACAACUCCAUUAAAGGAGAUUGUGCUUAUUGAAAAUCAACCUUUGGGUGUCUGUAUUCCUGAAGAAUCGAAUUAUGUUGCAAGUUAUGAUGAAAGUUUUAUUUCUCCUUACAUAUGA